GCAUAGUUUGUAGAUUACUUAUGGGAAUAUACGUAUAAUAUUUUAUUCUACUGCAUUCUAGAUUUAUCAGUUUGAUCUUAAAGUGAAUAUAUGCAUAGUCUACUCUCUAUAUUUCCUUGAUAUAAUAAUUCGUGAUCGCCUGACUCGAUCUAGCCCUUGAGAAUAAAGUGAAAGUAAAAGUGAAAGUAGUCUUAACGUCGGUCCUACAAACAUGAGCGCCCAUCUGAAGAAAGAAUUCAUUCAUAGAGCGACAUUUUAGAUUAGAUCAUUGUUUUGUUUAAUUGUGCAUAUUUGAAGAUGUGUUUGCACAGUUGUGCUUUAAUGUCAAUACUUCUGAUGAUCGCGGAUGGUUUCACAGUGAAGGGUCCUUCAGGUCUUCUGGUUGUUCCUCUGGGAGGUUCAGUGGUUCUGCCCUGUUCUGUUGAUUCAUUCUUACCACUGGAGGAUCUGGAGGUGGAAUGGAGAAGAUCAGACUCACAGACUCUCAUUCAUCUGUAUCAAGAUGAAGAUAAUAGACCAGAGGCUCAACAUCAGGAUUAUCAUGAUAGAGCUCAUUUCUUCACUGAAGACAUUAAACAUGGAAACUUCUCACUCCUGUUGAACAAUCUGACAGCUGAAGAUGAGGGACAGUACACAUGUAAAGUUUACAUUGGACAAGAGUCUGGAGAAACUGUGGUUGAAAUAUCAUUAAAAGAUUUUGGUUUCACAGGUCUACACAUAAUGGUGUUGAUUUUCUGUAUUACUGCAUGUGGAUCUGCUGUUAUAAUCUGCUCUCUUAUUUACAGAUCAAGCACAGAUUCAGUUUUGCAUCUUCAGAUGCUUCUGGUCUUCUGUCCAAAUAUCACAAUGUUCUUUGCUUUUAUCUUCUGGGGUGUUUCUGAAGGAUCUUUGAAUGAGACAAUCUUCUGCUGUGCUCUCUAUUUUCUCAGACCUCUUAUGUUACUGUGGGCGGCUCCAUAUAUAAACGAUUUAAAAGACAACAUUAAAAUGUGGAUCCAGAUUGACAGUUAUGAAACAGAAUAUUGUUUUCUCAGCUAUUCUUUAUUCAGUUCUUUUUCAAUCUGCCUGGGGAAAACGUCUGAGUUUUGCUGGAUUUGAAGGCAUUAUGAUACUAAUCCUCUUUGGAGUAGUGCUGCUUUUCUUCCUCUUCUAUUUUAUUCACAGUGAGUGUUUUUAUUUUAAUCUCUCCAAUCAAUAUGCUGUGAAAU